AUGCGUGUUAUGAGGAUGGCUCAGACACUAUCAGAGGAAGCGCUGCGAGAGAUUCGCUUAUUCCGCAGACAAUACUUGCAGCUGCUAGAUACUCAGCAUCUGGCCUGGCCCUCAUCAGGCACACUCCGCUCGUAUCAUGCCCAAGAAUGGAUAUAUGAAAAUCUAUUCCAGGGAAAUGAUGUGGAACACUUUCUGCCGCCAGAGAGAUAUCGUCUGCGUAUCCUGAAGCUACUCAUGUCCAAGAUUGAGAAUUCAAUAGUAGAUCCUGAGGAAGAUGAGAUCUCGGACAGUCUAAUGUCUACUUUAGCUGAGCUCAUGUUCUCGCCCAUGCCAGAUGAUGCCACGGCUGCUCAACAGAGGAAUUGGGUGACAUAUACGCCGCUUCCUCAAGAUUCUCCGAUAUUGGACAAGGAGCCAGAGUUGAAGUUGUUGGAGAAUCGUGCAGUCAUCUCAGGCGCAGGUACCACUGGCUUGCGUACCUGGGAGGCCGCUUUGCACCUUUCUUCGUACCUUGUCUCGACACCUGAGCUGAUGUCAAGUAUCAAAGGUAAGAAGGUGGUUGAGCUUGGCGCAGGCACAGGAAUACUGUCCAUCUUGUGUGCAAGUCACCUAGGUGCUGCUCAUGUUACAGCUACCGAUGGCGAUGAGGGCGUUGCGCAGGCUUUGCAUGAGAAUGCAGCCUUCAAUGAUGUUAAGGAUGCCAUGGACAUUGGUGUGUUGUGGUGGGGACGAGCCUUGAAAGGGUCUUGGAUGUUUGAGAAAGACCCUUCAUUUUCCUGCGAUCUGGUACUUGGUGCCGACGUGACAUACGACAAGGCAGUCAUUCCAGCAUUGGUGUCUACGAUGAGAGAUAUGUUCGAAGUAUGGCCUCAUGUACAGAUCAUAGUUGCAGCAACUAUUCGGAACAGCGACACUUUCGCUGCUUUCGAACAUGCGUGUGGCUGA